AUGGGGAAUUGUUUUAGCAGUAGGAAACAAAAAGAGCAACCACCUCGUCCCCCUCCAGGACGUAGACAAUAUUCUACAGGAACUCAUAAUAUUUACCAUACAAACCCCUUGUUGGAAUUACUUGAAGAAGAAUACCAAAGUAAAAGGAAUUUGCAAGUAGGAAAGAAAGACAGGUCUAGACGUGAGAGAUACGGAUUGAAUGGAGGUAUUGGUCCUAGACGACUUGAAGAUCGGGGAGAUCGCAGUAAAAGUCGCCCUAAGACCCGUCAAAGAGCCGUUCGAAAUGCUGGCAGAUCACGCGCAAUCCGUCCUUCGAAACCCCGCAGAAAAACCAAGGAAAGCGGAAGGAAACAGAAAGAUUUCAGCAAAGACGACGAAGAUGAUAGUGAUAGCGAAGACAGCGAAAUUGGCACUAGUGACAAUGAUAGUGGGAGUGAGAAUGAUAGCGACAGUGACAAUGACAGUGAUUCUGAGACUAGUCGCCGAGAGAUGUCAAAAUCUGUCACCCGUCGCCGGAAUCAAUAUCCGCGUAAGAAACGGCUUGGAAAGAGAGGAAAAGAAAUAGAUGAGGACGAGGGCAAUGCUUUGGAGGAUGAGCAAGAUGAAGAAGAUAGGGACGACGAAGAGGAGGAUAGGAGAAAGAAGAAGCAGAAGAAGAAAAGCAACAGGCAAAACGCUCAAGAGGUUCCUAAGAAAAGUUUAAAGGCCAAACUCAAGCCAAAAUCAAAGGUUAAAAAGGUGGCAGAAGAUGACAAGAUCGCGCUUUUAGGGAAGGAGGAUGACGAGAAUGAAGAUGAUGAUGAUGCAAAAGAUGAGGAGGAACAGGAGGAAAUUGGUCACAAUCUAUCCCAAGAAUCCGAAACAAGAGAGAAAGAUAAGGGAAAAGGAAUCGAAAAGCCAAACCCUUACCGAUGGACAAACUCCUCACCAAUAUUCGAUAAAAGCAAAAGUAGCAUCUAUCAAAGAGCCAGAGCGAAAGGUUCAGACAAGGAGUCUAUUCGUCACCUAGAAAUCCAGCGCCAUCGCCAAAGGCGAGAACGAGAAUCAUCACUCAAGAACCCCAAAAUGUCACUUUCACCCGGCACUAGUGAUGAUGACUGGACUAACACAGAUGCAUCUUCGCUUGCAACCUACAAACGACCUGGUAGCACUUCUUCCCGCCUCUCCUCAUUGUUUGGCCCGCGAAACCGGAGUUUAACACCAGAUUCAACUUCCCAUCUGAUGUCUCCCAUAUCACCACUUACUCGACCUUCUAUUUCAUCAAAAACAGGAGAAUCAACUUUCGCCGCCAGUGUAAUUAGGGCAUCGCCGCUACAGGACAUCAUAUCUGCAGACUCAUUACCAGCAAAUCCGGUACCAAAUGACACUAUCAUAACACCUCCUCCUCCAGCGGCCCAUCAGCGACCUUCAUCGCCUCUUGCGAAGGCAGGUGAGCCAUACAUGGGCGGAAUGAAGAAGGUCAUCUUUUUGAGUCGUGGAAAGAGAAGCUCUAUUAAAUUAGUGCCUUCGAAUGGAAAACCUACAGAUGCUGAUGAUGUUGAAAUUAUUCUUACGAAAUGA